AUGCAGUCCGGCAUCCUGCUAUACGUCCAUCUCGCUGUUCUCAUACUGAAACUCAUCCCCGCAAUCACACGAUGCAUCCGUUGGUGUACGACGAGGGCACGAUCCACGGCCAAGAUUCAGUUCGGCCAGCACCACUUCUCGAUCCUGAAGUCCAUGCUGGUGGAGUUCCAAGAGGCUCAAUGCUUCUUCAUGCUCUCCUUCCAGUGCGCCGCCCUGAUUGCUCUUGCGGCUGGCCCACAGGUUUUCGAGGCAUCUAGCUUGUUGCAGCUACAGUCAAACAUUUCCAUGGUCAAAGUUGUUGCAUUCAUGGGUAUCCUUCCUAUCACGUACGGCUUAUGGAUAAUCCACAGGAUUGGCUUGCAUUCAUGGUAUAUCUCUGUGUGGUCUGCCAUCACAAUUGUGACGUCUAGCGUCACGCUGCAUCAAUGCAAGAUGGAGCCUCGAGCAGACAAUCUACAAGAGAUCGCGACAGCAGAUCGUCUCAACAAAUGUGGUUUUUUCCCACCUCCUCUCGUAUACUGUAGCUCGGAUUCCGAGUUCGGGCCAAACUACAGCAUUGUAAACGGUCUGACUUUCGGACUGCCCGACAAUUACGCGAACUUCAGUUGCAUUGCGAUCUACGGAUUCCUCCUUUUGAAACGUCUCGCCCCCUAUCCCAAGCGAUGGCUCGGCCAGAAGCCAUGGUUUCAGGCAACUUACCACCUCGUCCAGCCGUGGCUAGUGUCCAGAGGAGUCAGAAUUCUCUCUGGAACUUUGAAUGUGAUCAUUGAGAUCCUUCUCCUAUUCGCCAACCUCCUCUAUUCUUUCUUGGUUAUAGCACGGAGUCUUCCGACGACCUCACUUGACUCGUGGAGUUUCGGUCAAAUCAUCGCCGUGACUAUCUGGUCUCCCAUCGUCAGCAAAUAUCUCUACUGGCUUUUGCUUGGCACGGACUCCUACUCCGCCAUCCGAUUCCCAUCCCCCUACAAAAUCAUCCGAGUUAAAACAAUCAACGAAGAAGACAAGCCCGACGAUGAAGAUCGUCUUUUCAUUCACCUCCCCUCCACAAGCGACCUGAACAUCAACCCGAACUCGAAAAAGUUCGUAGUCACCGACGUAGAAUUGACUCCGGUUAAUGACUCAAAGACGUCGUCGGUCAGUACGCGACAUUCUCCAUUCCCUGUCUAG